CUGCUCCAUCUGCCGUCAAGUCAGAAUCUCAGCCCUUGCCAAAAAAGGUUUCUGUUUCUUCAGAGGCCACUGAGAAGCCAUUACAAAUAUGCAGUCCUUCGGCUGAAAGCAGGAGACCUAAGUGGGUCCCACCAGGACUGCGAUGGAUGCAAAGAAGCCGAGGAAAUGCAGUUUGACAUCCUUCCCGAUUUUGAAAGCGAGAAAGAAACAAAAUCUCACCGCUGUGAAGGUUGAGAGUAAGCCCUUGCUUCAAAUCCAGAAGCCACCUUCCAAGAUCAAGAACUUCAGAAGGACCCGAUUCUUGAACAAGAACACAAACACCUGCUUUACGUCUCUGCCCUCCGUGGACACCCAGGGAAAGAAGAACAUGGUGAGCUUCCCGCACAUCAGCAGUCAGAUCCCGCUAAAGCCACCCCUGCUGUCCCAGGAGAAUCAAACUCACAGACAGGUACCGUCCUCUGAGCUCAAGGCUUCAGAAACGCCCUUCCCUCCGAGCAUUAAAACCCAAGAUCCGAAGCCAGAGGAGAAGCCGCCAAAGAAGCACAUGCACAAGGUGCCUCUGACGGCGGCAGAGGCCCUAAAGUUUUUUAAGAACCAGCUGUCUUCUUAUGAGAAAAGUGAAAUCCUGGGCUACACAGAGCUGUGGUUCCUGGGGCUGGAAGCUGAGAAGCUCCACAUGGCUCCAGAGAAGUUCAGCAAGUCAAGUUUUGAUGAUGAGCACGGCUCCUACAUGAAGGUCCUGCAUGACCACAUUGCCUACCGCUACGAGGUUCUGGAGAUGAUCGGGAAAGGGUCCUUCGGACAGGUGGCCAAGUGCUUGGAUCAUAAAAACAAUGAGUUGGUGGCCUUGAAAAUCAUCAGGAACAAGAAGAGAUUUCACCACCAGGCGCUGGUGGAGCUGAAGAUCCUGGAAGCUCUCAGAAGGAAGGACAAAGACAACACCUACAACGUGGUGCACAUGAAGGACUUCUUCUACUUCCGCAAUCACCUCUGCAUCACCUUUGAACUCCUGGGCAUCAACUUGUAUGAGCUGAUGAAGACCAACAGUUUCCAAGGCUUCAGUUUGUCCAUAAUUCGCCGCUUCACCCUCUCUGUUUUGAAGUGUUUGCAGAUGCUUUAUGUAGAGAAAAUCAUUCACUGUGACCUCAAGCCCGAGAAUAUAGUGUUAUACCAAAAGGGCCAAGUCACUGUUAAAGUCAUUGACUUCGGAUCAAGCUGUUAUGAACACCAGAAAGUCUACACCUACAUCCAAAGCCGGUUCUACAGAUCCCCGGAGGUGAUCCUGGGCCACCCCUACAACAUGGCCAUUGACAUGUGGAGCCUGGGCUGCAUCAUGGCCGAGCUGUACACGGGCUACCCCCUGUUCGCGGGGGAGAACGAGGUGGAGCAGCUGGCCUGCAUCAUGGAGGUGCUAGGCCUGCCGCCAACCCGCUUCAUCCAGACGGCCUCCAGGAGACAGACGUUCUUUGAUUCCAAAGGUUUUCCUAAAAAUAUAACCAACAACAGGGGGAAAAAAAGAUACCCGGAUUCCAAGGAUCUCACGAUGGUGCUGAAAACCUACGACACCAGCUUCCUGGACUUUCUCAGAAGGUGUUUGGUCUGGGAGCCUUCUCUUCGCAUGACCCCUGACCAGGCCCUCAAGCAUGCUUGGAUUCACGAGCCGCCAAACCUCAAAGUACGGCCCAGGCUCCAGACCUUGAGGAAAACCAGUCUCUGUUUCCCCUCGGAGUCCAAGAAGGACAAAGUUCAAGGGCAACAUCGCUUGGGCAAAAAAGAUAUGAUCCUCAAAGGAGACACUAAAGAUAAAAUAAAAGAUAAUACCACUAAACGGGAUCAGAAUCCAGGUAAUCAGCGGGGCUCUCUCCAGCCCACAGCAGAAGUGAUCCAGCUGCCCCAUCUAGCAGAAGCUUCCAGAAAGUCAGAGGCAGUUUUGGGGCCGGCAGAGUCCAAGACAUCCACGGGACAACAAAACAAAAACUCCUCCCCCAAGAACACAAACAUUUUACCACCUAUUGUAUGACCUGAGUGGAGGGUGUGUCCUGUUCCUUUCCACCAGUGAUUUGUAUUAGAGACAGUACUUAUAUUGUACAAUAUUUAAGAUUGUUGCUUUUUAAUCAUAAAGGUUUGCUUAAAAACAAAACAAAACAAAACAAAAACUCUAUCCACAUGGCCAGUUGGCUUGAUUGGUACUGGGAGGGACUGGAGAGGGAGUCCUUGCACCCACACUCCCUCCUUAUGCCCCCCACCAAAUGAAACAAUGGGUGCCUGUGGGGGUGGGGCGGGAAGAGCAUGAAGUACUGAGUGUUAGAGUGCCACGCAUACAACUCUAAGUUACAAAAACAGUGUUCUUGCCCAAGACAGUUGACCUAUGUUAGGAUUCUCGUUUGAAAAUGACAGAAGCCAAGUUCAAACUGAACAACUGAAGGGCGUUUAUUGGAUAAUGUGACUGGCAAAUCAGGAGGGGCAGGUGUCGGUACAGAAGGAUCUGGGAAUUCAAACAAGACCAAGGGGCUCAGGCUCCCCCUCCCCCUAUUAGUCUGGCUUCUCUCUCUGGUUAUCUUCAUUCCAAAGACAGACUCUGCCCCGAGGGUAAGAUGACCACGACCAUCCAGAAUCAUUCACUACCAUCUGAUGACUGCAUCAGAAGGUGCAGUCUUCCUGCUUAAAGGAAAUCUCAGAAAUGACUGGACUUGAGCCCAUCACUAUGUUUGAGAUAUUGGGACCCUCUGAUUGGCCAGCCUGGGUCAUAUGCCCACAGGGUGGGGCAGUGGUGGUGGCACCAAGACUGAUGCUUCCUUGGAACCAUGUGGAAUAGGGGGCGGUGGGUUUCCCAAAGGAAGACGAGCUGAUUACAACAGGUGUCCACUCAUCGGUACCUGCCCUCCUCGUCCUUACCUACCUGAACUCACAGUCUGUGUACGGUUGUAAUUAUAGUUCAAACAGGUUUACAAGAACGCCAUAACAUCAAAAACAACAUGGACUAUAUCUGUGGCUUCAUGGUUUUCAUUGGAUCACUGUGUAAUAUCCCAUGAAGGGGGCACAAGGUAGCUGAAGCUAUGGGUUUAGAUGACAUCGCCCAGGGAAGAGGCCAGAGUGAGACCAGCACAAGGUCAGGAGAAAGUCCUAGGAAAGAGAAUGUAAGGGCUUGACACCACUGAGUAGAGCCUCUAAGAGAUGUGGAAAAUAGGAAAACUAAAAACCAGAAGGAGAAAGUUCCCAAAAGGAGGCUAGAGAAUAUAAAAUUCCACAGAAAGGUCAGGAUAAGAACAGAAAAUGCUUCUGAGGUGGGGGAUACUGACAUUAAAUCAGAGCAGGUGACACAACUGGCCAUAGAACUCAGGUCCUUUGGACCUUUUCUUGCCACCAUAUUCAAC